AUGUUACCAAUAAUAAAAGAAAAAUUAGUACAAAAGAGUAAUAAUGAAACUCCACAGCUGUUUUUUGUUGAUACAAAGGGGGAUGAUUCAAUUUGCGAGAAAAUAACUUUGCUACCGAAAUCUGAAAUUUUGUAUACAGCAAAUAAAUUUACUAAAUUUGAUACAGCACCCACUACUUCUACUACUACUAGUACAACUACUAAUACUAAUAAUACAGUAACAUCAGAACAAGCCAAAAGUAAUACAUCAGAUGAUCAAAAUAAUAAACAGAUUCAUAAAUUACGAGAAAUUAUAGUCGAUGGUCUUAAUGUUGCAUUUGGGUACUCACCUGGAAGAAAAGUCUUCGAAAAAAAUGGUUUACAAUUAGUCCUAGAUUAUUUUCAGGAUCGUGGACAUGAAGUCAAAAUUUUUUUGCCACAAAUUCACCGAAAUCGUUAUCGAGGUUUUCUUGAACAGUGGCAUCGUAAAGGCUUGGUUAUUUUUACACCUAGUAGAAAUAUUGGCGGGAAAAAAAUUGUACCAUAUGAUGACAGGUUUAUUUUGGACUAUGCAACCAAAUGUAAAGGAAUCGUGGUUUCUUCUGAUCAGUAUCGGGAUUUGUGGCACGAAAAACCUGAAUGGCGUGAGACCAUUGAGAAACGAUUGCUUGCACCAACAUUCGCCGGAGAGUACGUUAUGUUCCCAGAAGAUCCACUGGGCAGAGGUGGUCCAUCGCUGAAUGAGUUUCUUAAGCAUUAAUUAUUCUAUUAAGGGAUAAAAAAUCAGAUGGGUACAAAGUUUCGUUAUUUAUUUAAUUAACGUAUAAGCGUUUUGUUUUCA